AUGCGCAAAGUCAUCAUGAGCAAACAAGAAGCUAGUGGUAGUGAAAAGGAACAAGUUAAAUGGUCAGAUAAAAUGGAUUGUGCGUACACCAAAGCGAUGAUUAAACAACUAGAGAUAGGCAAUAGGGUGAAUGGUAGUUUCACACCAACUGCAUAUGCUCAAAUGGUUGAGGAGUUGAACAAAGAGCAUCAAAUGAAUAUUACCAAAACUAACAAUGAAAUUCAUUUGGAGAACGAAUAUGUUGAUCUUGAUGAUGACAUUCAGGGUGUUAUUCCAACUUCGUUUUCACAAGGGCAGUCUUCAGGUGCAAAGAAGUGUAAGAGUAAAAAGAGGAAAUUUGAAGAAGAAGAAGAAGAAGAAGAAGAAGAAGAUUUUAACUCAAAGAUAAUGAAAUCGGUUGAUAAUGUGGCUGGUGCUAUCAGGGAGGGUAAUAUAAUAUUUGAUAGAGCUUAUCCUCGGGAGUAUACAGGGGGCGAAAUUUAUAGAGAAUUGGAGUUGGUGGGUUUGGAACCCCAUGAAUUACCGAGGGCUCUAAGUUUUUUGGCAGCAAAUUAA